AUGCACGCCCCGAAACUCUGGGUGGCACUUGCGCUGUGCACUGCGCUGAGCCAGGCGCACGGCGCCUACGCUGAAAACUCUGUCAAAGACUCGCUGCUGGGCGGCGUGCGUUCGUCGCUCGGGCUCGUGUGGCAGUCCGCCACCGGCCUGUCUGACCGCCUCACCGCCCCGCCGUCCUGGGUCGAUAAGGUGGCGGAUGCCGAGUACGAGCUGGCGGACCGCAUCAAGUCGGCCUUUGGCGAGGACACGCCCGAUUGGAUGAUGAAGGGCAUGGAGAUCGUUGAUGGCAUCAAGUUCCAAAAGCUCGUCCACCCCGCAUUUCCCGACUACCAGUUGCGUGUGAGCGAAUCGGAGGACAGCAAGGCACCGUUCUGCGACCCCGAUGUGAAGCAGAUUUCGGGCUACCUCGACAUUCGUGAGGAUGCGCACCUCUGGUUUAUUCUGUACGAGAGUCGCUCGCAGCCCCGCAAGGACCCGCUGGUGAUGUGGCUCAACGGCGGUCCCGGCUGCUCGUCGUCGACCGGUAUGCUCUUUGAGCUUGGCCCGUGCAACAUUGCCGACCAGGGCGAUUCGCUCGAGUACAACAAGUACUCGUGGAACUCCAAGGCGAACCUCUUGUUCCUCGACCAGCCGCUGCAGGUCGGUUACUCGUACUCGGACUCGGGCGAGGUGAUCGACAACUCGGUCAAGAGCGCCGAGGACGUGUACGCGUUCCUCCAGCUGUUCCUCACUCGCUUCCCCAAGUACGCCGACCUUCCUUUCACGGUCGCCGCCGAGUCGUACGGUGGCCACUACGCCCCCCACAUUGGUGCCGAAAUCCACAAGAAGAACAAGGAGCUGGCCGAGAGUGCCGCCACGAGCAGCGCUACGCCCCGCGUCCACGUCAACCUCGAGUCACUGAUGAUUGGCAACGGUCUCACGGAUCCUGCGGUGCAGUUCCUCUCUGUGCCCGACUUUGCGUGCUCGGAGAAGAACAAGUACCGCCUGUUUGAGCCGGGCAGCGAGACGUGCGAGUCGCUGUACAGCAAGGCCAACACCUGUGGCACGCUCAUGCAGCAGUGCGAGCGCUUCCAGUCGCGCAUUGUCUGUGUGCCUGCGGCGCUCUACUGCUGGGGUUCGCUCUACGGCCCGGUGCAGGACCUCGGUGUGAACAUGUACGAUGUGCGCAUGAAGUGCGACCGCGAGGUGGACGGCGAUCUGUGCUACCCCCAGAUGGGCUACAUCGAGACGCUGAUGAACAAGCCCGCGAUCAAGAAGCAGCUCGGCGUCCCGAGCUCGGUCGACUUCCAGAGCUGCAACAUGGAGCUCAACCAGCAGUUUAUGAUGCAGGGCGACUCGAUGGUGAACAGCGCCGCGCUGCUGCCCCCUCUGCUCGAGGACGGCAUCCGCGUGCUGAUCUACGCGGGUGAGACCGACUUUAUGUGUAACGCCAUGGGCAACCACGACUGGGUGCUCGACUUCCCGAACGCCUUCCACGAGGAGAUCAACAACGCGACCGAGGUACCGCUCUACACAUUCGCCAAGGGCAUCAAGCCCAAGCGCGCGGGCUGGGUCAUCAAGGCCGGCGACCACGCGGGCAACCUGACGUUUGCCUGGAUCGAAAACGCGGGCCACAUGGUGCCGCACGACCAGCCCGCGGUUGCGCUCAACAUGCUCAACCGCUGGGUCGCAAACAAGGACCUGACUUCUUUCACGCCGUAG